UCUCCUUGUUUGCCUUGAUUGUAUUUUUUCUGUAACAUUUCUCUCACACACCUAUAGUACAUAUUUUUUCACUAAAAAGUAGAACAAUCUUGCUACAAAAUUCUCAAAUCUUGUAUACCUUUCCGUCCAAAUCUCACUACUAUUGAUAAAAUCUUGAAAUCUGACCUGAAAAUCUUGAAAAACAAAAUACCCUUUACAAAUGGUGUUCUUCUUGUUUGUGUAACAUUUUUCUGAGACCCCAUUAGUGUCCUUUUCAUUAUAAAGCAUCAAUCUUUACAACUAAUUACUGAAAUCUUCAGUACCCUUGAAAAAAUCUUGAAAUUUGACCUGAAAAUCUUGAAAAUAUAGCUUUACAAAUGGUGCUCUUCUUGUUUGGCUUGGCUGUGUUUCUGUAACAUUCUCUCAGACCCCCAAAAGUGCUUUUUCAUUAUAAAGCUACAAUCUUUACUACAAAUCUUGAAACUUGGCCUGAAAAUCUUGAAAAACCCCUUUUAGAAAUGGUUAAUAGUUGUCUUGUACUACUCUGUUCACUCAUUUCCUUCUCAAUCCUAGCUUCAUCUCAGCAACUUGAUGGCUUCAUUUAUACAAGAUUCAAUGAGCCAAACAAUGACAUUACCUUAAGUGGAAUUGCUGAGAUUAGCCAAAAUGGAUUUAUUCAACUAACCAAUGAAACAAGUAGAUUAAUGGGGCAUGCUUUCUAUUCUUCACCUUUUCAGUUCAAGAACUCAACUAAUGGCACUGCUUUUUCAUUUUCAACUUGUUUUGCUCUUGCUAUAGUUCCUGAAUAUCCAAAACUUGGUGGUCAUGGACUUGCUUUUACUAUUUCUCAGUCUAAUGAUUUCAGCACAGCUCUUCCAAGUCAGUAUCUUGGCUUACUAAAUGCUACUGAUGUUGGUAACUUCUCAAAUUACAUAUUUGCUGUUGAAUUUGAUACAGUACAAGAUUUUGAGUUUGGGGAUAUUAAUGAUAAUCAUGUUGGUAUAAACAUUAAUAGUUUAAGGUCUAAUAUGUCUGCUGAUGCAUCUUACUUUGAUGAUGAUUUGGUAAAACAAGAUCUGAAUCUCAAAUGUGGUAAGGUAAUAUUGGCAUGGGUAGAUUAUGAUUCUGUUACAAACUUGGUUAAUGUUACACUUUCAAGAUUUGCUACAAAACCAAAGUUGCCACUUUUCUCUUAUCAUAUAGAUCUCUCUCCAUUUCUCAAAGAAAAUAUGUAUGUUGGUUUUUCUGCUUCAACUGGUUUGCUUGCAAGUUCACAUUAUAUUUUUGGUUGGAGCUUUAAGUUGAAUGGUGAAGCCAAAUUUCUAGACUUGGAUUUACUUCCAUCAUUGCCUGGUCUUAAGAAGAAGCACAGUGGCGUAAUCGUAGCUAUCUCGGUUAUAGUAGUUGUUUUGGUUUUGAUUGCUAUAUUAGUUGCUACUUAUUUAGUUAGGAGAUUCAAGAAUGCUGAUGUUAUAGAGUCUUGGGAGCUUGAGGUUGGUCCUCAAAGAUACUCUUAUCAGGAACUUAAGCAAGCAACUAGAAGUUUUAAGGAUAGUGAGCUACUUGGGUUUGGGGGAUUUGGUAAAGUUUACAAGGGUGUUUUACGAAGUUCGAAUAUGGAAAUAGCUGUGAAGCGUAUUUCACAUGAAUCUAAACAAGGUUUACGCGAAUUUGUGUCUGAAAUAUCUAGCAUUGGAAGACUCCGUCAUAGGAAUUUGGUUCAAUUAGUAGGUUGGUGUAGACGUCGUGGUGACCUUUUACUUGUGUAUGAUUUUAUGCCUAAUGGAAGUUUGGACAAUUUCUUGUUUGAAAAACCUAGAAUGGUGUUGACAUGGGAGCAAAGGUUCAAAAUCAUCAAAGGGGUUGCUUCUGGUUUACUAUACUUACAUGAAGGUUAUGAACAAGUUGUGGUGCAUCGAGACGUUAAGGCUAGUAAUGUGCUACUAGAUGGAGAGUUAAAUGGCAGGCUUGGAGAUUUUGGACUAGCAAGACUAUAUGAGCACGGAUCAAACCCGGGCACGACUAGAGUGGUAGGCACAUUGGGGUACCUUGCACCGGAAUUACCAAGAACAGGACGUGCUACUGAAAAAUCUGAUAUUUUUGCCUUUGGUGCAUUGUUGCUUGAAGUAGUAUGUGGACGUAGACCAAUUGAUUCAAAGGUGGGGCCUGAGGAAUUAGUUCUAGUGGACAUGGUGUGGAACAAAUGGAGAGAAGGGAAAAUUCUUGAUGUUAUAGACAAGAGAUUGAAAGGUGAGUUCAAUGAAAGUGAAGUUGUGAUGGUGUUGAAAUUAGGACUAAUGUGUUCAAACAAUGAGGCGUCGUCUCGACCUAGCAUGAGACAAGUGAUGAGUUACUUGGAAGGUGAAGCUGAUAUUCCUGAUGCUCCAAUGGCUCCUGGUGAUUAUAAUGGAGGAUUUGGAUUCGACGAAAACGAAUGUAUGCAUUCUUUAGCAUCUUCAAGGGGACACACAUCAUGUUUGGCUAAUGGAAAUGCAAAUGGUACAUUUGUUUCUGUUUCUACUGCACCACUUUCAUGUUUAUUUACUGAUGAAUUACCUAGGUAGUGAUUGUGAAGUUGUGUGCAGAAUUUUAUAGUUUUCAGGAACAUUUUCCUGAUGAACACUACUUUAAAGUUCAAGUUAUGAAAGUUUAACCAAUGUCUUUGGUCAAGAAAUAUAGAAAAAAAUAGUGUGU